AAGGUGCUGUGGCUCUGAUAGUGGGCGGCGCGGCGGCCGGUCUCCUGCUCCUGGUCUCGGCCCUGGCCCUGGUCGCCUGGCGGUGCCGUGCCAUGAAGCGGCGCAGCGAGAAGAUCUACAAACUGAGACAGGAAGAAAAGGAUCCGUGGACGGAGAGCUCCCCUGGCAAAAGUUCGGGAUGCCUGAAGCUGUGCACGGAGGGCAUUCGUGGCUCAGGGCUGCCGAUAUAUUACCAGCGGGCUGGCCAACCGUCAUCGCCCCAACCGCCGCCAGCCGCCGCCGACGUCCACCGUCUGACUCGAACACAGCAGCCGCCGGUGGCGCCGCCUAGCGGCAAGUGUCGCAUCCCACCGCCGCUGGAGUCGAGUGUCGGCCACGAGGGCCAGCGCUGGACCGACAACGUCGUCUACAUCUCGGGCUACAGUCCAACGCUGGAGCGGCGCCGUCAGCCGGGCGCGCCGCCGGCGGUGGCCGCCGAGGCGCAAGACGCCACCGCGUACCGCACGCUGCCGUCAAAGCAGAAGCGCCUGCAGCAGUUCUACGCGGCGGCGAGCAGCGCCGAAGUGGGGCCGUGCGCACCGAGCGCAGGCGAGGUCAGUCCCGAGCGUGUCGACCUCAUGCUGCUGGACGAGGAGAUGCGCACUCGCAGCCUGCCCUCUUGGAUGAGAAACAAGAACAGGGGCAAGCUCCAGGACGCCAGCCAGCAUCCUCUGAGCUUCAGUCACAAGCAGCGCAACCGGAUGGGCAACGACGCGGCGUCGGUGAUCGCACGCGCCCGGACGCAUUACCCGAGCCGCUCCGGUCAGGAGCCCACCAUCGUUUACGACGUGCGGACGGCGCUAUAG